AGAGUUUGAAAUGUAUGCCAAUUCUUAGAUAAUGUAAUAAAGAGGUGAACUCUUUAUUCUAUUCAAUAAAAUGUGCUUAAAGUCACCACCGGAGCAAACGUCGAGACUUGCUGCCGUUCCAGAUUAUGUCAUUGAUCGGGUGGUACUCGGGUGGCUGACCACCGGGGAAGUCCGGGUGCUGUCUACUUAUUGCAAAAAUGUAUCCAGAUUAUGUCGUUAUUGUCACGUCAUCGUGUGCAACCUCGGUGGAAGAAAGUGGACCUACCAAGUGAUUUAUUGUCAAGUUUAAAGACGAAGAUCUAUAUUGAAAUAGCCAAUAGGAACGACUUCGAUCACGGAAAAGCACAGGCGCUCGCAGGAUGAAAAGCGGUUACUGACUGCCAAAGAGUGUACAUCGUUAACGGCAAUGUGAUGGCUACUGUACCGAAGCGGUACAAACACGAUUGUAAUGGACUGCUGCAUGAUUGGUGGUUCAAGGAGACAAUAGAUCACGACGCUGUGAGAUACGUGCGAGAUGUUCGACGGCGUUUUUUCAGAGCAUGAGCAGGAUUGCAAAC